AAGUGCAAUUCCCAAGGAAAAAAAUUGAGUGUGGAAAAAAUGAUGUGCUAUAAGAAAGCCAAAUUCAGGCAUUAGAAUCAAAUAGAGAAACACACACAUAUACACCAUCCACCCACAAAAAGAGGGUUAAUCAAGAAACACUUUUAAACCCCACCAAUUUAACAGUCCCCAUCCCAAACCCCCCCUAAAACAUCAAAUUUUUCAUAAUCGAAAAGUUUUCCAUAUCAAAAUACAAAAUGUCCACCGGUCGCCGCUUAGCAAAACGCUCAAUAAUUGGCACCAAAGUGUGUGCUCCAGGACCCGAUGGUCUCUGGUAUUCGGGAGUCAUAUCGGAUGUUAAAACGCCAGCAUCCUCAUCAUCCUCGAAGGGAUUAUCAAUGGCUCUGGCACCGCCACCCACUUUCCUAGCUCCGGGCGAUACACAAUUGAAUGCCGAUACGCGUUAUAUUGUCCGUUUCGAUUUCAAGACACAACAAUCGCAACUGUCACCAAAUAUUGUGUCAUCCGGUAAUGGUGGUGGUGGUGGUGGUGGUGGUGCCUCUUCCAUGUCCACGGAUUCGGUAAUUGUUGAGACGCGUCGCGCUGCCGCCGCUGCCAGUGUGCAUAUCAGUCCGGCUCAGGCAUUGCGUCGCAAUGCCAUGAUCAAGGAAUUUCGCGAAACGGAUUUAAUUGGACCCGGCUUCCGUUCCAUAAUAGGCAUACAAUUGCAGCAUGGCCAGCGUGUCUUUCUCACCUACAAUGGACGCGAACAGAGUGGAGAUGUGGUGCAUCAUGAUGCCAGCAAGGACGAAGUGGUUGUCAAGAUUACCACAACUGGAAUCGAGGAACCCAUUGAACUGAAGAAACGUUUGGACGAAGUUCGUCUGUUGGAGUCGCGUCGCUCCGCACGACUCGCCGAUCAGGAUCGCGAUACAGAUUUUGCACGAUUGGCCGACAUGGGUGGCGAUCGUCGCCGUACCACACACAGUAUUGAGGUGCCAUUGACGCCACAGCACAACUCUCGGAAACGUCCGCCCAGUGACACUCACGAAUGCGGCAACGAUCAGUGCGAUAAGGACGAGAUGAAUGAAUGCCAUGCAGCUCUGAUUCUAAUGAAUCUACACAAUUCACCACAUGGUGUGGGCGAUAAAUGGCUGGCCUCCAGUCCUGGCAGCAGCUCAUCGGCCUCUUGGAGUUCUGGCUCGGCCUCGCCGCCGUUGAGCGAUGAUGGACAUGCUCAUCAUAGUCAUCACAUUCUAUCACCACAUGAUGCAGCCAAUGCACGUAUACGCACAACAUCGGUGUCCACAUCGGAUGAGGGCAUUGUCAGUGAUUUCAAGGAGGAGCGCAAAAAGAAGGUGAGUGGCAUGAGGACCAUUAUAUCACAUGACUCCAUUAUCAUGCUGAAUAAAUCUGGCCAAAAUCCUCAAAAUUCUUCAAAGAAAUUCCGUUGUACCUGGAAAGGUUGCCAUUUUGUGGAGCACACACAAGCAAAAAUCGAAGUUCACAUUAGGAACAAACAUUUGGGCAAAAAGGCCAGACGCUCGGGAGACUGUGACUCCUGCAGUGAAAAUGAGCACGAGGAGGAAUUUUAUUACACAGAAGACGAUGACGACGAUGAGUUGGUGAAAACUACGCCUAGUCUAGCCCCGGAACCCACUCUCAGCCACAGGGAUAUGGCGCGUCCGCCAACUGAAGAUCCAGAAUACCAAAAUCAAAUCGUUGGCAACUUCAAACAAGGGCGUGCUUUGCACCUAUCACAUCAGCAGCAACAACUGCCGUUACAUCACAACAACAUCAACACAAACAGCAGCCGGGGCGCACCUCACAUCAUUAGCUCCCAUCAGCAACAUCAGUUGCAAAAUAACAAUACCAGCUGUAUUCCGACAUCGCCGCUGGCCCACCGCACCCAUCAAUGGUCGUCGUCCGGCUCGGCCAUCACUGUGACGGCGUCAUCCACGCUCAACAAGCAUCCACGCCAGUCGUCGUCUCGUCCGUCCCACUCGGUAGCGCCAUAUCCACCACAGACGUACGUCCAGCAUCACAAUCAUCACAAUUAUGCCGGCAGCGGGGGUAGCGGUAGCGGUAGUAGCAGUAUCAGUGGCAGCAACAGCAGCAGCCCGAUAAUCCACAGCAAUAGCAGUGCCAACAAUAUGCUUCAGCAGCUGUCGCAGCAGAAUGUAACGGUAACGGCACAUCACAGCCAGCAGCAACACAGCAACAAUCACCACCACCAACAGCAGCAGCAGCAGCAACAGCAACAACAACACCUGUCUAGUGUCACUAUCACGGCCAACUAUCAACCAACACAGCAGCAGCAGCAGCAGCCGCACCACAAUCAACAUCAGCACCAACAUCAACAUCAUGUGCGUGGCCAGCAACAUACAACAACUGCCAGCAACCUGGUUGCCAAUACCAAUAACAACAGCAAUGCCAACGCCAGCAACAUAUCGCUGCAACAUGUGGCCGUUCAACAGGCGGUAGCCAAGCAUACGCCCAACUCACCGAACCGCCGUACUCGCGGCGAAAACAAAAAGUGCCGCAAAGUAUACGGCAUGGAGCAACGCGAUAAAUGGUGCACCCAAUGCCGAUGGAAGAAGGCUUGCAGCCGCUUUGGCGACUGAAAGCGACAGAAAUCGUCGACGGAGGCCACCACCAAUCAGUCGGCGUCAUUGUGUCUGUCUAAGGCAGCAGCAGCAGGAGCGGCGUCAACAACAACAACAUCGACAGUAACACCAACAGCAGCAGCAACAACAGCAGCAGCAGCAUCAUCAUCAGGUGGAUCGGGAGCUAAAUUGACUACGACUGUGGUGAGAUUAGCUGCCGAGGUUGCCGCCGGCAAGCAAUUGCCCGCCUCUUUGACUAUAAAGACAAAUCGAGCAUAUGCAUUGAGCAAUGCGAUAAGCAAUCGCCCAGUACGUAUACGCAGUGUGGCCACCUCGGUAAUAGUGGCACCACAGGCAUCGACUCCGACACCGACACCGACACUGACAACCACACCGACGCCCGCCACCACGCCCCCCAUAAGCAACACUGCGGACAAUGAGGAGCAAGUUGUGGCUGCCGCCAAUGGGCUGUUGGCCUGGAGUCGAGCAGCUGCCAAUCAACAGCAGCAACAGCAACAACAGCUGCAGCAGCAACAACAGCAACAAAAUCAUAGCCAAAGUCAGGCAGUGCUUAUGCAGGGCUGAAUGCAGAUUCCCACCACACAAAAUAAUAUAUAUAUAUAAUUAUACAAAUAUAUAUAUGUAUAUGUAUAUAU